AUGAAUGAUUAGAUGGCUAGAAACGCUCAAAUAAGAAGAAAUGACUGGAUUAAUACAGUGUAAAAUAACCCUGACUUUUCUCAAAGUAAAAUUAGGAAAUUUAUUUUGAUUUUUUUAGCUUAUCAACAUGGUUCAAUAUUAACGAAGCACCCAAGUUUGUAUGAGUUUAGAGCUAAAUCAGACAAAGCUAAUAUUUGCAAUAAGAAAUAUGAAACAACUGUAUUAAGAGCUAAGAGACUUGAAAGUGAGCAUAAAGAAGCUAUUCUUGAAAAACUUGAAUAUAGAUAGGAUGAUCCUUUAAGAAAAUAUUUUUAUCGUUCUCGAUAAAAUCUAAAUGAAAUUCAACCUCCAGUGAUGCGUUACUAGCCACGUGACAAAAUGGAAAGAAUAAAGCAAACUAUCGAUACAAAUCAUAGGGUAAAUUUAGAGUAGCUAAACAACAAAAUGCUGCACUUUCCUGUGUUCAAUGAAGAUGAAAGGUCUAAGUGGCUAACCAAAAAUGGAAUCUCAAUGGACGGCUUUAAAGUUGAGAAAACAGCUCUCUGGAAGGAAAUUGACAACAAUAAUGAGGCUGGCUAAAUGCCUUUUCAAGGAGGUCUUCAAGAGAUUGCUGAUAAGCUAACCAUUAGACCUAGGAUGAUUCAUAAAGAAAUAAGUUAGAAUCCUUUCUCCUCAGUAAUCGCUAAAGACCCUUGGAGAAAUAAAUUAAUUCAGUCUAAUUCUCUCAGGUCCAUGAAGACGAUCAGAGCUUCAUUAGACUGCUUGAAAUAAAAGAACAAUGUGACUUUUACACUUCCUGAAUUAAAAAUCCCUUCCUCAAAUAAAGGGCAAACAUAGUCAAAUGAUGUUUCUCUUUCUAAGUCAUCAGAUGGUGCUAAGAAUUAGUUCUUCACCCAGAGUAACCAGAAUUUCUUCAUUGGAGGAGCUCCUAAGGUAGAUGUUAGUAAGUUGAAGCCUGAGAACAACAAUAAAAACGAACAAGAAACUGAUAGAUCUAUUCGUACUGACUAGCUAGAAACAAAUACAGUUAUCUAGAAAGACACUCCAGAGAGAAAAAAUAUCCAUACUCAAUCUAGUAAAAAGAAACUAAAAGUACUUAAGGCUCAUAGAAAGAUAGUCGACAUGGGUGAAGGCUACAAUCAUACCAAUAAGAAUAAUCUCCACCAGACCUAGUAAAUAAAGUAAAUCUUCACUGAGUGGCAAGACAACCCUCAUCUGAACAUCUAAAACAACGACAUUUCAGCCUUUAAUGAGUCUUAUAACAGGAAUCACUCUACCAAGAUUGAGAAGUUAACGGAUUAGCAUUUCAACAAGAAGAUAUAUGACUAAAAGCUUUACUUUCAAUCCGCAUAGCAGAAAGUAGCAAGAGAAAAGACUCAUAUCUACGAGUAAGAGAAGACAUUUGACUCAAUCAAGAAAAUGCAAAAUACUUUUAAUAUAACUGAUAACAUGUUUUCACAGAGCAGUCCAUCUGUUCGGGAGUACAACCUUAAAUCCAAAAGAAUGAGUGUGGAAGACUUGAAGUCUGAGAUGUAGAAGUAGCAUUUGCAUGAGUAUCUCUCCCAGUCUCUUAUUAAAAAGACCAAACUCACUGACCUGGCUAAUGAAAGUCUAAGCAACAACAAUUAAAACCAAAAUGAGACGACAAAUAUGACUUCAAAUAUCAGCAAGAGUAAUGUAAUGAGACCAAGUUAAAGCUAUAAAAUUCUGCCAGGAGUGAGUCCAAUUACCAAAGAUAUGUAGAGUGAGGAUAACUCGGUGCUAAUCAAGCUAGAUAAAACUAACUCUAAUGAUUAUUCAUAGAUCAGGUCUCCAAAUAACAGAUAUAAUGUUAUGGCUAAACUUCAAAAGCCAAAGCACCUUCAGUCAACUGCUUAAUUAGGAUUGAACAACCAUAAUAGUACUAAUAGUUUAAUUGAAGAAAAACCCCUUGACCUAUAUAAAAGAAAGAAGGCAGUAGCAUAGAUGCUAGAUCAUUUUUUCAAAUGA